ACAGCGAUGUGGCCUCUCCUAUUCCUACUAGCGUCUGCCCACGCAGAGAUCAGCUCAAGGCUGGACCCUCUGGUUGAUACCAAGCAGGGUCUCAUCAGGGGGCUGCAAGCUGACGAUGGGGACUACUCCAUGUUCCUCGGUAUCCCGUAUGGACAAGUGGAUUUGGACAACCCGUUUGGGCCGUCCCAACCACAUCCAGUGUUUGAAGAGGUCUUUGAAGCAUUCGACGACGGCGCCGUGUGUCCCCAAAAAGACAAGUACUCCGAGAGCUUCAUCGGUUCCCUGGACUGCCUCCGCCUCAACAUUUUCGUUCCUAACAAAUCCAAUGUCAGGAAUAAACUGCCUGUCAUGGUCUGGAUUCACGGAGGCGCUUACGAGAGUGGCUCGGGUACAAGAAACGAAUUCGGCGCAAGGUUUUUGGUGCGGCAUGACGUGAUCCUUGUGACGAUUAACUAUAGACUCGGCCCGUAUGGCUUCAUGUGUUUGGACAUCCCCGAAGUUCCUGGAAACCAGGGCUUAAAAGACCAAACAAUGGCGCUUAGAUGGGUGAAAGAAAAUAUUGGUCAGUUUGGCGGCGAUGUCACCAAAAUUACCAUUUUUGGGGAAAGUGCUGGCGGAUCAUCCGUUGGACAACAUCUGACCUCCAACAACGAAAAGCUGUACAAUCAAGCUAUAAUGCAAAGCGGGACAGAAUUAGCACCUUGGGCAACUAGAGAUACAGACACCAGCGUUCCCCUGAAAAUCGCAAAACAUUUAGGACUUGAUACAGAAUGUAUUUAUAGCGCCUUGGACUUUCUAAAGAAAACAGAUAUAAAACUGGUCAUGGCAGCUGCUCAUGAACUUAAAUUUAUUUCCGGCGGGUGUGUCGAAAAGAAGUUCGAUGGAGUUGAGAACUUAAUGACUGAACACACAUCGAGCGUGGAAGUAGUGCAGAAAGCCAAGAAUAUGAAUAUACUAAUCGGCUUCAACAGCAUGGAGAGUCUAAUAUAUUAUUUAAGAAAAACAGAAGACCAACUGAAUACUGAAGACCCAUUUGAUGCAACUCUUCCUCUAGCUUUUGAUAUGGAUAAACUUGGUAAUGCAGAGAAGCAUAUACGCCGUUUCUAUCUCGGCGAUAGCUCUGUGAGCUAUAAGCAAGUUUUCAGCCAGAUAUUGUUCGAUUCAGACAUCAACUUCAACUAUCCAUCGCAAAGAAGUAUAGGACGGUACCUAAUCAACGCCAAGAAUGUUUACCAUUAUGUUUUCUCGUACGCUGGCGGCAGAAACUAUCAGAAGCACCAGUUCAACAUAUCGUUUGAAGGGGCAUCUCAUGCAGAUGAAUUGAGCUAUCUGUUUGAUAUGAGGUAUCCAUUCGGAGACAUCAGUGAUGAGGAUCAGCUCAUCGUUGACAGGAUGACUACAAUGUGGACCAAUUUUGCUAAAUACGGCAACCCCACUCCUGAUGUCACUGAACUGCUCCCCAUAACCUGGCCGCCUGUUACUCCAGAGUCCCUCAACUAUCUCAACAUCGACACAUGUCCGAGCGUCAACACCAGACCCUUACACCAGCGCCUGUCUUUCUGGGACCUCGUCUACGAUACGUACAGACACGCCAUAAAAGGAAUCAACAACUAGAUAUUAUAUCAAUCAGCAUACUCCCGCAACUCAAAUACAUCAAGACAUUUACUUCUAGAAAUCAAUUCCUUCUGAAUUAUUUGCGGCCUCAAUACCACUACCAACGCUUCAGGACAAACAAAUGGAGUUCUGAAAAAGAUGAAAGGCGAAAAAACUCUCCCAGUAUUUCUUUUUGCGAUCUUUUAAAUAUACCAUGUAAUUUCAA